CUCUUACCUGUAAUGCAGCACGGCUUCCAGAACAUGGGAGGGCAUACAAAAAUCUUGCUAAAUUGGAUGUUUGAACAGCUGUAAUAUUUUACGACAUGGAGGCCAUGUGUAACUCAUUCAUACCACUACAGAGUUUCCUGCUGUCUUUUUCUGUGGGCCCUUGGAAUUGUGUAUAGAGUGCUGUAGCUGUCGGUGUGUUGAAUGAUAGCUCCACUUGUAUUACUGAAACUCUUAAAGCCAGCAGCAGCUUGGACCACAAGUGGUACAGGGCCAGUUAGUGAAGGGCUUCCACCAUAAUCAGCUGUGUGUUCAUCAUAUAUUUAUUACUGGGUCCCCAAAUGUUAGCCCAUGAUUUACAGUGUAAGAAGGGCUUAUCAUUGUUAGAUGAAACAAUGAUCUGGAUCCACUGAUGGAAUUCAAACUUGGUGAUGGUUGAUUACUAGUUUGACAUCCUGAUAAGUUAGUUAUUUUUACCUUGAUGGGGGAAAACUUUGUGACCAUUGGGCACAUAAAAAAUCAAUGUUGCUUCCUUCUUACAUAAAAAAAAAUUUAAUUUUCUCUGCAACCAGCAAAUCCUUCUGUAUUGAAUCAGGCAUUCCUAAUUCAAGGUGAUUUCCUUGUUUCUUCUUUCAGGAGAGCUGCUGUGGUCUUCUCUUCAUUGAGGUAUGGCUCUGCAUGGAGAAGAGACUGCUGCAGAAAGGUACCCCUUCGACUCCCCUUCAGGAAGUGGAAUAGGAAAAAAAAAACUACAUUCGUCAGUAACUCUGGGGCAACCACAAGUUAGACAGUAAGCAGGUCAACUGAAACAAGGACGGAGAUUGCUAUAAAACCAACAGUGCUCUCGUUGACACCACACACAAGGCAACACAGCACAGAAAGAGCUUCCUGCACGAAACAGGUGACCAGAGCAAAGUGACAAUGACAUUCCUGCGUGACAUGGCCGUGGUCAAGUCCCUGCUGCUAUUGACAUUGGGGCUGACCCUCCUGGGGGAGGGGGCAGCUCGGAAAACCCCCAAAGCUGGGGAUCCUGCCCUCUGCCCCCUUCCGGAGGACCACACUGUGAGGGUGGACAUCCGUAUCCUCAGGCAGAGUCAGGGCGCUCCCCUCUCGCACGGCUUCCAGAACCGCUCCAGCUCCCCCUGGGACUACAACAUCACCCGGGACCCCCACCGGUUCCCCUCCGAGAUCGCAGAGGCCCGGUGCAGGCACAGGGGCUGCGUCAACGCCGAGGGGAAGGAAGACAGCUCCAUGAACUCCGUCCCCAUCCAGCAAGAGUUCCUGGUCCUCCGGAGGGAGUCCCAGGGUUGCUCUCACUCCUUGCGGCUGGAGAAGGUGCGGGUGACUGUUGGUUGCACCUGUGUCACCCCCAUCGUCCGCUACGUGCGUGGCUUGAGGGCGGCAGAUCAGCUCAGCUGAAGAAGCUGGAGAAACGCCCCUCUUUACCCAGCACUUUGCCAUGAGUCCUGUGUGGUUCCCAAUUCUCUCCACUUCCCAGGUCUCUUCAUAAGAUCUGCAUGGGACUCUCAAAGCUCUGUAUUAGAUAGAGUAACUUUCUGGGGCUUCAGAAUCUUUAUACGGUCCUGAGAUGUUCCAAUGUCCCACCCCGCUGAAAAUAGAUGGAGGAGAAUGCAGGACCCUCACCUACUCUGCUUAUGUGCUAUCAUGACCACCUCCCAGGCAUGCAGUCAUUGGGUGGGGGCCCUGUUGGUAAAAUGGGUUUCCGCUUCACAAAAGGCGACAAA